CAGUCACACAGCGAACUGUUAGUGAAACGUCUGGGGCUGCUGUCUAUUUUUGGGUUAAGGCCAUUUGCUCUAAUUAAGACACUGCUAUUUAACACCACCCUAAAACGACUAAAGACUCUUCCAGAGGUAGCGGUCGGAUUUUCGCCCCUGUUAGCCCGUUAGCAGAAAUGCCAUGGAGGCUCCAGACACAGCCAACAGCCUGAGGCACAGGAACACCAAGCCCGGAGAGGAGAGCCCCCCAGCAGGAAGGGAGGGAGAUGGCAAGGAAGGGGCUGAAGUUCUGCUCCAGUGGAAGAGACACAUGGAGCACAUCAAGGCAGAGCUGCUGGAUCAGAUGAGUGACCUAGUGGACAAAGCCAUAGACGAGUCCAUUCAAUCGUACGCCAGGCACAAAAAAGCGCAUGCAGAUACCAAUGGAGUGGAGAAGGCACACAGGAAUCAGAGACUGGAAGAUGGGAAAGUAUUUGUGGAGAGAAGAUCUCUGCUAGAUGAGCUGUUCGAAAUCAACCACAUCAGGACUAUCUAUCACAUGUUCGUGGCUGUGCUGUGCGUCUUCAUCAUCAGCACCAUCGCAGUGGAUUUCAUAGACCAGGGCAGGUUGGUCCUGGAGUUUGAUCUGCUGUUCUUCGCCUUCGGGAAAUUUUCUACCGUGGUCUUUGCCUGGCUGGUCAUGUUCGGCUACACCCUGGCCAUCCCGUACAAGGCGCUGUGCCUGUGGGGGGGGUGUUACCACUCGUCCGGCUUUCGCAGGGCCUUGACCGUGGGCGUGGGGGUCCCGCUGAUGGCCUGCCAGGCCUGCGUCCUGGGGGUGUACCCCAUCUACGUGGUCAUUCAGCACAGCCUGCCCCCCGCCUCCCGUUUCAUCGUCAUCCUGGAGCAGAUACGAUUCAUGAUGAAAAGUUACUCCUUCAUCCGAGAAAAUGUGCCAGAAAUCAUGAAAGCCAAACCAAAGCAGGGAGAAUGUCCUAAGUUACCAGAGUUCUCCAGUUAUUUGUAUUUCCUGUUCUGUCCAACUCUGAUCUACAGGGAGUCCUACCCCAGGAAUCCAUACAUUAGAUGGAAUUAUGUAGCUGUCAAGCUUGCACAGAUUCUAGGCUGUCUGUUUUAUGGGUAUUUCAUCCUGGUGCGCCUGUGCAUCCCGGUCUUCACUAACAUGAACAACCAGCCCUUCAGCACCAGAACGCUGGUCCUCUCUCUGUUCCACGCCACCCUGCCAGGGACGCUGAUCCUGCUGCUCUGCUUCUUUGCCUUCCUACACUGCUGGCUCAACACCUUCGCAGAGAUACUGCGGUUCGCCGACAGGAUGUUCUACAAGGACUGGUGGAACUCUACCUCCUUCGCCAAUUACUACAGGACCUGGAACGUGGUUGUGCAUGACUGGCUCUAUCAUUACGCCUACAGAGACUUCCUGUGGCUCUUCAGCAGGAGGUUCCGCACCGCCGCCACGCUGUCGGUCUUCAUCAUCUCGGCCGCCGUCCACGAGUACGUCUUCACGCUGUGCUUCGGCUUCUUCUACCCCGUCAUGUUCUGCCUCUUCGCCGUCAUCGGGGUGAUCUUCAACUUCACAAUGAACGACAAGAGGCAGAGCCCCAUCUGGAACAUCAUCAUGUGGACCUGUCUGUUUAUUGGCCAGGGAAUCCAGGUGUGCCUGUAUUGCCAAGAGUGGUACGCCCAGAUACACUGCCCACGCAAAGAGGGGGGCUUCUGGGAGCUGGUUACCCCUCGGUCCUGGUCGUGUCGGCUGCAGGCUUAGCCGGAGUCACCAUGCAGGGGGCAGGGAGCACUGCAGCAACCCACAGGACCCGGCAAGCAGACCACAUGGCUGCCAGAUCCAUCAGACCCCCAGCAGCACAGUUCAAGGACCAUCUGAGUUUAGGACCAUCCACACAGGGUUAUGGUAAAUUUAUGGCAAUGUCAUUGUUACGUCCUGACGUGAACAUCUUGGAUUAAAUUAAUUGGAAACCUCAACUGCCUGGAAACAAGGAAUUGUAGCAUGUUCUUGUGGAGGGACCAAGUAAACGCAGUGUGUCCUCUGCCCGCUGCCCCUCGUGACUACCUGAAGCGUCACUGCUGUGUUGCACAGGUGAUUCUGCAAUGUACUUCAAGGCACGCUGGCUGCUGUGAAACCUGCUGAACUCCCUAUUGGAACAUUAUUUCAUUACAACCAUCCAUUUAAAUGUAUCAUGCUGCCAGAAUAAAACACAGUCUCCGAUCUCAA